GUCCUCAAACCCGCCGUCAUCCUCCUUUGCGCGAGCCCGUCGCUCCUCCACGCUGUGGCGCAACUUGGUCUACCUUCCCAGCCUUCGAAGGCACAAUACCUCAUACACCAAGAACAGGCUGAAGAUCAUACGUGACUUUCAGCCUUCCAGCAGGAAGACGCCUCUCAAUCUCAUUUCUUCAGCCCUGACUUUCAAGGUUUGACCUUCAUCCAAUCAUCUGGGGUGUCUGUUGUCAAACAGACAUGUCCAACGCUUGCGGGCCGUCGAACACAAUACUCUGUUGCAAAUGUGCUGAAGAAGACGGCCUCAAAGCAGCCCAUCUUUGCAGUCGACAUCCUGAUUCAGAAGGAGAGAAGAGCAGCACUCUCGUCCAGAAACUCAAACACUACUUAUACGACGAAUCGAUUUCUGGGGACUCUAUAUGCCUUAUUCAGCUAGAACCUGAGGGCAACGACGUAUCAUUACGAUGUAGUCUCGUAGUCCGACCACUCAACAGUGAUACGAGCUACACUGCCUUAUCGUACACCUGGGGCGACCCCGCUACCAUCCAUACGAUCUCUUGUAAUGGCCAACGACUUCUUGUCGGUGAGAAUCUUCAUUCGGCUCUUUUACAGUUUCGUCGGGACGGUCGCACAGAGCCGCUUUGGGUGGAUGCCGUGUGUAUCAAUCAAAAGAACAACGCCGAGAAAACACAACAGGUCAGAAGAAUGCAACAGAUCUACGAAAUAGCCAGCCUAGUUGUAUGUUGGCUAGGAGAGGAGGAGAAGUCUGAUGAAGAAGGCUUUUCACGAAUGAGGAAGCUUUUUGCUCAGUGCGGAGAGCAGUCUCCCCAGGACUUUGUGAAUUACAGCUUCAAUACAGUGAAGCAACUUGGGCUACCAGAUUUGUCUAGUUCUCAGUGGGGGGCUAUGUGCAGAAUUCUAUACCGCCCGUACUUCUCUCGCAUUUGGAUCUUCCAAGAGAUCAUCGCAGCGACAGGAUGUAUCAUUCAGUGCGGGACGCAUACCAUCGACCGAACAAUUGUCCUCACAAUUGGAUCAAUCUAUGAAAGAUUCCAUCAAGUGGGCGGAGCGAUUGCUGCCAACAUCCCGCUUCCUCAGCCUACCGAACCCGAAACUGACUUUGAGGAUACUGUUGUUUUAUUCUCUGUCCAGCACCUUUGGGCUGCCAAAGCCUUGUUUGAUUUUGGAAAGAAGGCAAAGAUUUGUCAGCUACUCAUGAAUACCAGGGUUUUCGAGGCUACAGAACCACGAGACAGAUUCUACGCUCUUAUAGGCCUCAGCUCGGAUGUCAGCAGCACUUUCAUCGACUACGAUAGGCCAUAUGCCGAAGUGCAAGUUGAAAUUGCGAAACGAUGUAUGAUGCAACCAGAGAGCUGGGGUCCUAUGAUAUUCUCCUAUGUUGAUCAGGGACACCAUAGUGACAGCUUACCUUCUUGGGUACCGGAUUGGACACCCGGCGGCCCAAUUAUGCUUCCUCUUGCUGGAAGCUAUUACCCAUACAAAUUGGAACCACUACCUCAACCAAACUGGCAAAUGCGACUCAACAAUCAAAUCGCCUUGAACGGCCGCCUGUUUGACAAAAUUGCAACGGUCAUUCAUGAGACCCCGUACACGACGCCUUUACCAAAACUGAACAAACUAAACAAGUUUGUAAACUAUUGUAAAAAGAUGGAAGAAUGGGAAGACUCGUGUUGGGAACUAGCGAUGAGGUUGAGAGAGUAUCCUACCGGAGAGGGGAUUUUUGAAGCUUAUUGGCGUGCGCUCAUAUUCAACAGGCAAAACUUAGAGGAAGAGCCAUCUCAAAAUUUCGAAUGGGCCUACAAAAGCUGGAAUACAGCCUUCUCGACUGGCAAGGACGAAUCUUUACUAGAGCUCACGUCCAUAAUCCAGCAACCUGGAAAUAAUCAAGACCCAUCGCCUGCCACGAUCUUAGAGAUGAUCCAAAGAUUGUCUGGCUUAAUGUAUACUGGCAUGCAAUUUAUUAUAGCAUACGGCAAGCUAUCAUUCAAAUUCGGUCUUUUAAACAAGCUCCUGUCAGUAGCCGUACCCUUCGAGAAUGCAUUCUUUCGAUAUGCUCCUGGACGUAAAUUUUGUAUAACGAAAACGGGCUUCAUGGGCUGGGUUCCUUCAACUGCGCAAGAAAACGAUCUCUUUUGUUUCUUUGAUGAUUGUUCGCUGCCUUUCGUACUUCGGCGCUGCGAGGGAGGAUAUAAACUAAUCGGCGACUCGUAUCUCCACGGCUUGAUGAAUGAUCCACUGAUUGUAUUGCUUGAAAAGAAACAGGAUGUUGUUUUACUGUAGAAUUCAUCUCAAGAGGAGAAUUAUUCAAAAUCAGGCCAUAGUUCGUACAGCUUCUAUGAUGUGGACUCGCGAGGGAGAGACUUGGGAUGCCUAAACCGUGGAUUCGUCUCGCGGACGGGCUGCAUCUCUUGACCCAGGGACAGAAGUUAAGGGGGCUGCCCUCUUUGCUCGCUUUGCGGCUCGACACAAUUGUGAGGAGUAACCCAGCUGGUUGAGUGAGGAGCUAGUUUGAUUUCCACUGUGCUAAACUUUACGUCG